UUCUUUGUCUUUCACGAGGCGGACGAGGGAAAGUCGCUCUUGUGCUUGAAGUCAAAAUAAACUAAAGCAGGACUUGAAUUUAAGUGAGAGAGAACAAGAACUUACCAGUCCUAUUGUGUACAAAUAUUGUCACAAAACUACAAAAAGUGCAAAUUAGUGCCAAGCUGUCUAAAGAAAUCAAGUGUUUAUUAAGCUGUUUAUGACAGUUUAGAACUUUCAUAUCUAAGAAGCUGUCCAGCAUGGAGGUGGAAACAGAUGUGUUAGCUGCAGUUUCAUCUACUGUAGAUAUACAGUCAAAUGAAUUGACAGAGUUUUCAUCUUCUGAAGAUUUGAAACCAGAUCUAUCGACCAUAUUUUCAUCUUCUGCUGGCAUCAAAACAGAAUUAUUGACAUUUUAUAAUUCUCAGAAUAUAAAACCUGACAUGACAUUUAAAACUUCUCAAGAUGUUAAACUUGAUAUUAGUUCAGAAUUUUCUUCUUCUAAUGACAUAAAAAUAGAACCAGAAUUAUCAUUUUUUAAUGUUCAGGAUUUAAAACCUAACAUGUCAUUUAAAACUUAUCAAGAUGUUAAACCUGAUAAUACAUUUUCAAUUGAAAAAAUUAAUAAGAAACCAGCUGCAUCAGCAGUAUUUUCAACAUCUGAAAAUUUAAAACCAGAAUUAUCACCUACUGAAAAUUUAAAACAAGAUUUCACAACAGAAUUUUUAUUUUUUGAGGAUAAACAAGAAAAUGGACUUGAAGAAAAUCUACAAUUGUCUAGGGACAACGGAAAUAAAAUUGUUUAUUAUAAUCAAACAUUUUCUCAAAGUUCUAAAAGUAAUAUGCAUAACAAUGUUCAUUCUGAAGAUAAGCCAUAUGAGUGUGAGAUUUGUCUUAAACAGUUUUCUCAAAUUUCUCAGUUUAGAAGACAUAAAAAGAUUCAUUCAGGAGAUAAACCACAUGAAUGUGAUGUUUGUCAUAAAAGGUUUUCUAGAAGUUCUCAUUUAAGAGAACAUAAAAAAGUUCAUUCAGGAGAUAAACCCCAUGAAUGUGAUGUUUGUCAUAAAAGUUUUUCUAGAAGUUAUAACUUAAGUGAACAUAAAAAGAUUCAUUCAGGAAAAAGGUUACAUGAAUGUGAUGUUUGUCAUAAAAACUUUGCAAAUAAGAAAGUGCUAUUACGACAUAAAAAUGUUCAUUCUGGAGAUAAACCAUAUGAAUGUGAUGUUUGUCUGAAAAGAUUUUCUAGAAUUUUUGUUUUAAAAAUGCAUAAAAAUGUUCAUUCAGGAGAUAAACCACAUGAAUGUGAUGUUUGUCAUAAAAGGUUUUCUAGAAUUUCUGUUUUAAAAAUGCAUAAAAAUAUUCAUUCAGGAGAUAAACCACAUGAAUGUGAUGUUUGUCAUAAAAAGUUUUCUCAUAGUUCUGGUUUAAGUUAUCACAAAUAUGUUCAUUCUGGUGUUAAGCCGUAUGAAUGUGAUGUUUGUCAUAAAAGGUUUACUCGAAGUUCUAACUUAGGUAAACAUAAAAAGAUUCAUUCAGGAGUAAGGCCACAUAAAUGUGGUGUUUGUCAUAAAAUCUUUGUGGAGAAGGAAGAUCUAUUACAACAUAUUAUUAUUCAUUCUGCAGAUAAACCACAUGAAUGUGAUGUUUGUCAUAAAAGGUUUUCUAGAAAUUUUGAUUUAAAAUUACAUAAAAAUGUUCAUUCUGGAGAUAAGCCACAUGAAUGUGAUGUUUGUCAUAAAAGGUUUUCUAGAAAUUCUGAUUUAAAAAAACAUAAAAAUGUUCAUUCUGGAGAUAAGCCACAUGAAUGUGAUGUUUGUCAUAAAAGGUUUUCUCACAGUUCUAAUUUAAGUAGACAUAAAAAGAUUCAUGCAGGAGAAAAGGUGUAUAAUUGUGAUGUUUGACCUAAAAGGUUUACUCGAAGUUCUAACUUAGGUAAACAUAAAAAGAUUCAUUCAGGAGAAAAGGUGUAUAAUUGUGAUGUUUGACAUAAAAUCUUUGCAAAUAAGAAUAAUCUAUUACAGCAUUAAAAAGUUCAUUUAUUAGAAAGGUCACAUGAAUGUGAUGUUUGUCAUAAAAAAUUUGUGGAUACAUAUAAAGGUUCAUUCAGGAGAUUAACCACAUGAAUGUGAUGUUUAAUAUAAUAUAAUGUUUUCUCAAUAUUCCAAUUUAAGAACACAAAAAUAUUCAUUCAGAUGAAAGGCCACAUGAUGAAUGUGAUGUUUGUCCUAUAAAAUUUGCUUGUAAGUGUGAUUUAUUAAGACAAUUUUUUUUCAUUUGGGAAAAAAUCCAUAUGAAUUUGAUGUUAAUCCUAAAUGAUUUACUCAGAAUAGUUUAACUACACAUAAAAAACUUUUUGGCCAUAAAUGGUUUUUUCAACGUUCUCAAUUAAGUGCACAUGAAAAAGUUCAUUUAUGAGACAAGCUAUAUGAAAGUGGUAUAUGUCAUUAAAGGUUUUCUAGAAGUUGUAGUCUAAAUGAUGUUUUUCACAAACGGUUUUCUCAAAUUUAAAUACUCAAAAAAAAUUCAUUCUAUAAGACAGAGGAAUGUGAUGUUUGUAAGGAAAUAUUUUCUUUUAAAUUUACUUCUUAUAGUCAAAAAAUUCAUCAUGCCUUAAAACCAAUUUUGCUAAAUGUUUUAUUUUAUUAAAUUAAAUGCAUUUGUAACAUGUUAUAUAUAGAUUUUAUCUUUCUUUACACCUCAAGUCAAUAUGAACUUUAUGCCAAAUCUCAGACUCCUCUCUGCAUACUAUGUGAUUGAAAAGAUAAUAAAAUAAAUUUCUUCACAUAAGGCUUUACAAUUUAAAGAUUAACCACACAUUUCAAUGUCAUAAAUUAACAUUAACUUUUUUUUUUACAAAAACAGCAUAAAAAUUAUAAAUUUGAAGAAAAGAAAUACUAGAGCUGCAAUUGUUACAUUUUGGUAUCUUAGUUUCAACGUAAUGUAAUUUUUGGCUUGUUAUUAUUUUAUUUUUUAUUCCUUACUAUUAAAAAAAUAGCCUUGUAAUCUAAAUUCUAUAGUAGUGAAUUAUUACAAAUUGUAACGUGAAAAUUUUAUAAAAUAAAAUGGCUAAAGUGUGUGUCAAAUUUUAUUAUUAUUGUUUUUCUCACAACAGUUUCUGUAUGUAAAUUCCAAUGAGGCCAAUGUGUUUUGAAUGCUGGGGUGUAUUUUACUCUCUUGUGAUGCUCCAAACCUUGUACUUGCAAGUUAGGUAAGGUCAGUGUCGGACAACAUUUGUUUGUUACUAAUGUUAGUGUGAGCGGGUGAAUGGAUGUCUUAUUUUGUAUUAUUUUAUUGUGUGCGAAUCUGCGUGAAUGGUCCACUUGACAGCGGCUACAGGGUUUCCGGUUCCGCACGAAGCGGUCAGUAAAAACUUACCGCUCGGAUAAUUUCUUUCUUUUGACCCGAGGCGAGAUGUAGAUCAGGUCAGUUCCUGUGUGGGCUCACCUCGUGCGUGAAGGUAUUUGUGUUUUUUAUUGUAUUUGUAUAUGUGUGAUUGGUAUGAAAGCGACUGCCGAUAAUUCUCGUUUUCUUUCUUUUUCGUCUGAAAAGAGAUAGUGGGCAUUGGCUUGUCUGGCAUACUCGUGGUGUUUUCUUUUUUGAAAGAUUUGAAAUGUAUUUUGGUAUUUUCUAAAACCCUUGGCGUGUUUUAGA